AUGAACAACUUCAGGAGUAACCGAGAACUGUACCUGCAGUACACAGCCAUGGCCCCCACGCUCCUGGCCCACAUCUCCAAAUUGCUCACUGUUUGCCGGAAUGCAGGCAUUGCUGUCCCUAAGGGCAUCAAAAACAUCUUGGAGUUCACUUGGGAGGAGCUCAUCUCUGACCCCAUGGUACCUACCCCCUCUGACAUCCUGGGCCUGGAGAUCAGCAUUGGAACCCCACCCGUGCUGCCUGUGGAAUCAACCCCCGUGCAGGCCCCCGUCCAAAAGAGGCCGCCACCGCCACCAGUACCACCACCACUCAUGCUACCUGCACCCACUGGGCCAGCCAAGUUUUCUACCCACUCUCGUUCCCGUGGCCAUCGGGCGCACUCCAGCCAGGAGACCCUACACAAGUUCCAGCGGCAGUCCAUCCACCUGCUAACAGAGCUGCUCACCCUGAAGAUGAAAGCCAUGGUGGAGUCCAUAUCUGGUGCCAGCCCCCUGGACGUCACAAGGCGCUUCGUGGAAGCCAGCCAGCUUCUCCACCUCAAUGCCAAGGAGAUGGCUUUUGACUACCUGAUUGGCACAGUCGGGAGAAGUGGCUAUGGUGUUGGAUCAAUGGGGAAAGAGUCCUUCAUGACUCCCUCAGCCGUGGGAGUGAACUCACCUUACCAGCUUAUCUACGAGGCCUCAACUGGCUGUCUGAGCUUUUCCCUCUCAACUGGAAAGGAAGCCAAGAAGAAAGCAGGCAAAUCAAAAAUUUUAGAAGAGAUAACCACAUCAUCGCCUCAACGAGAAAUGAGAACCUCUGCUUCUGACAAUGUGGAGUUCAGCGACCCCUGCCCUGAGGCCCGAGAGAAGCUGCAGGAGAUGUGUCGCCAUAUAGAAGCCGAAAGGGCCUUGUGGAAAGGGAGGAAUAUCUUCUACCCCACGAUCUUACGCUACUACAAGGCAAAGAUACCCUCUCAUCCAAUGUCGGCUCCAAAAGGGGACACUCAAACCCUAAGCUCUCAUCACACUCACCCUCCGGGUGUUCAGACUUCCACUCCCACCCCUAACCAGCCUCCCCUCGGCCAGCACUCUCAAGAGUGGAAGAAACCCAAGAAGUCCCUCAAGUUGCAUUAUACCUUCUAUGAUGGGACUUCCUUCGUUCACUAUCCCUCUGGAAACAUUGCCAUGUGUCAGAUUCCCACGUGCUGCAGAGGGAGAACCAUCACCUGCCUCUUUAAUGACACACCCAGCUUCUCCUUCCUGGCCCUGUUCAAUGCUGAAGGCCAGGGCUGUGUUCACUACAACCUAAAAGCCUGCUGCCCAUUUGUCUUGAUCUUGAAUGAGGAAGGUGGGACCACCAAUGACUACCAGGGCUACGUAGUCCACAAGUGGAGCUGGACUUCCAAGACAGAGACUUUGCUCUCCCUGGAAUAUAAGGUGAAUGAGCAGAUGAAGCUGACGGUGCUGGGGCAGGACUCCAUCACGGUCACCUUCACGGCCAUGAAUGAGACGGUAACACUCACUGUGUCGGCCAACAACUGUCCCCACAGGGUAGGACACGAUAAACAGGUGACCCACAAGGCCAACAGCAUGAACAGAAAGAUGUCUAAGAUGAGCCGAACCCUGGCAGAGAUCAAGAGGCGGUUUCAGAAGACAUUGUCUCAGUUCAUGAAUUCUGUCUUGCUGGCAGCGGGCUUGCUCACCAUAGAAUAUCCAGUAAAGGAAGGGGCAGAAAUGACUAAAACCAGGAUGAAAGCCUGGUCCCAUCCUGAGCGGGCCACCAGGCUAACUCUCUACUCAGGAGAAGUCAUUUCAUCACAAUCUCAGUUAGCCGGACCUGAAUCCUCAACUGGAGAGUCUGUGAGGGAAGAGCAUGGGUUUGCUCCUGUGAGCCCCACUAGGAAGAAGACCAUCAAGAUCCAAGCCAAAGCCACGGUCACACCCAGAGGGAAGUCUCGGGAGACACGCAGCCCCAGCAGGUGGGCAGCCUCGCCCUCUGACUGCCCCCUGGUGCUGCGGAGGCUCCUCCGUAAGGAAGACAUCGGCACUGGCUGCAGAUGCGUAGUGAAGGCUCCCCUGGUGUCUGACGUGGAACUGGAGCGCUUCCUGUCGGCACCGCGGGACCCCAGCCAGGUGCUGGUGUUCGGGAUCCUGUCCGGCCUGAGCCCCACCAGCACGGAGCAGCUCCAGUGGCUGUUGAACACGCUCUACAGUCACCGGCAGCAGGGCCGAGCCUCCCCCUGCAUCCAGUGCCGGCAUGACCCCUACCGCCUACUGCGGUAUGACCUGGACAGCCCCCUGCAGAAGAACCCGCCCCUGCUGGUGAAGAAGUAUGCUGUGGUGCAAGGGAUGGUUCUGAUGUUCGCUGGGGGGAAGCUCCUUUUUGGGGGCAACAUUCUGAAUGGAUAUGGCUUCAGCAAGCAGAAUUUGCUGAAACAAAUCUUCCAGGCCCGACAUGACUGCAAGAUGGGCUACUUCCUGCCAGAGAACUACAAAUUUAGAGGAGCCAGCUGCAGAGACAGUCCUCAGUCUGGGCCUGGCAUCAGUGAAGCCGCUAUGGAGAAGCAAGGGCUUGAGUCAGCCUCCAUCCUGGGCCCGGAAGACCCUGACUCAGCCAACAGAACAAUGUCAGAAGAUGUCCAAGGAAGCUUCUCCUUAUUGCCCAUGGAGAUGAAGAUGGAGGAGCCUUCUUCUGAAGCUGAGAACAAAAUGAAACAGUCUGGCACGGCUCUCUAUCCUUUCAUCAAAGCCAGGCGGGCCAGUAAGAAGAUAACCGUCUGGAAGAAACUGGCCUCCAAGAAGUGAUGCAGCCCUGCUGCCACCCCGAGUCCCAGGCCUGCAUGCAGCUCCUCCCACACCCACCUGGCUACCCUGCCGCCUCCCCAGCCCCCACGGCCUUUCUCUGCGCCUUUGCAUAAUA